AUGGCCUCGAUCCAAGAAGUGUUGCAGCGACUACAAGCUGCUGGGUUCAAGAUCAAUCCCUUGAAGUGCGAGUGGUGUGUCCAAGAAACUGACUUCUUGGGCCAUUGGUUGACUCCUUCAGGAGUCAACCCGUGGAAGAAAAAGAUUGAUGCCAUCCUCAAGAUGUCAGCGCCUACCAAUGGAACAGAAUUGCGUGCAUUUCUUGGUGCUGUUACCUUUUACCGCCACAUGUGGCUGCGUUGA